GUGUGGAGGGGCACCAUAGCCAGGAUGCGUUACCGGCGGAUGCGAGCGGCCCUCGUCAUCCUUCAGGCUUACCGCCGCUACAAGGUCAAGUCCUACAUCCGCGAGGUCAACCGUCGCUUCAAAAACGUCCGGUCCAUGAAGGACUACGGCAGACACGUCAAGUGGCCGACGCCGCCAAAAGUCCUGCGCAAGUUCGAGGAGGCGCUGAGGAGCAUCUACAACAGGUGGUGGGCAUGGACACUGAUCAAAGGCCUUUCUCCAGAGGAGGCCCUGCAGGUGAGGGCCAAGGUCGCCUGUCUGGAGGCCCUGAAGGGCCAAAGGAACGACUUGGGCCUGCAAAGAGCCUGGGAAGGAAACUAUCUGAAGCGAGACAGCCCCGACACAUCGUCGUCGUUCACGCUCGUCUCCAGCGAGCUGCAGCGCAAAGACAAAUUCAUGAGGGUUCUGUUCUCCUGCAAUGUUCGCAAGAUCAACCGUUUCCACAAGGCGGAGGACAGGACUGUGCUCAUCACUGACCGCCACCUGUACAAGAUGGAUCCCCUGAAGCAGUACAAGCCCAUGAAGAGCAUCCCCCUCUACAAC